GCUCCGCCCGGAGACACUGGGAGGGGGUGAGGGGCUUCUACCCCGCGGCCUCACGGGCGGCCCCUGCUGGUCUUGCUGCUGCUCCAGGCAAAACGCCGCGGCCAAGCCAAGCGGGUGGGGGACCCGCUCAACCCCCAUCAAGCCCCAGCCUACUGAGCCUCAGCCCAGAGGUGGGAAGAAUGAAAGAAAAGAGGGAUGAAAGAAUGUUGAACCAUUUUGUAUGGCUGUAUAAUGGAAGGAAACAGUUCAGAGAACCUCUGCAAUAGAUCUUUUGGGUGGCUUCAGCGACAAGAUAAUGAUGUUAAACCAUGGCUGUGGAAAUUCUCUAAUUGCUUUUCUGCGACUGGAAAGAUUUCACCUUGCAGUACAGACACGAAAGAUUACAUGGAGAACAACAAAACUGCUGUGGAAUUGAAGGAUGCUCCAUCUCCUCACCAUGCUAGCUCUAAACUCUUUCCAGCAGUACCACUUCCUGAUGUUCAUCCUAUUCAUCAACAGCAAAUACAACUUUCUCCUGCCCCCAAAGUAAGCUGUUGCACUCAUGGCUCUGACUCUUCCUGCACGUCUCAGUUGCAUUUUGGUAGUGGUGGUGGUAGCUUGAUACACCCUGGCACAAUAUUAGACUCUCAAAGCACUGGGACAAUUACUUGUCAAAUAGGGUCAGGGUUUGCUUAUCAGUCUGCAUCUUCACUCAAGAAUGCUCCAGCUAGAAGCAGUUUGACAGGCAUUGCAAACGACUUCCCUGGCAUGUGCAUAGAAAAUAAUGCAUCUUCCUGUCAACAUCUGCCUUGUUGUGGAAAACUCCAUUUCCAGUCCUGUCAUGGUAACAUGCACAAACUGCAUCAAUUUCCAGCCCUUCAGAGCUGUCCAUCUUCUGGCUAUUUUCCCUGUUCUGAAUUCACAAGUGGGGCUGCAGGGCACUUGGAGGAGCACAUUACACAAUCGGAGCUAACAUCACGUGUGUGCGCCAACUCUUUGCACCUAAAUAUGGCACCUUCGGUUUCUUUAAAAGGCUCUCACUACUGCAAUGACUGUUUAAGCAAGCCAACCAGAAAUAGUUUAAUUGAUCCUGUUAAAGUAUGGCCAAAUAUUCCUCCUCCAAGUACUAAGACUGCACCCAUCUCUAUCCCAAUAUGUAAUGGCUGCGGAACCAAAGGACCGGGAAAAGAGACACGUUUAUUACUGGCGAGCAGCCUGGGCAAAUCUCCACAGAAAUAUGGAUCUCCAGAAGUUGCAGUAACUGGCCAGUUACUAGAAAACUUGCCCCCCAUUGGAGUCUUCUGGGAUAUUGAAAACUGCUCAGUUCCGACUGGCCGUUCAGCUAUUGCAGUUGUACAACGAAUUCGUGAGAAGUUUUUUAAAGGUCACAGAGAAGCAGAAUUCAUCUGUGUGUGUGACAUCAGUAAAGAAAAUAAAGAAGUUAUCCAAGAGCUAAACAACUGCCAGGUGACUGUUGCGCAUAUCAAUGCCACAGCAAAGAAUGCUGCUGAUGACAAACUGAGACAGAGUCUUAGAAGGUUUGCUGAUACUCACACUGCACCUGCCACUGUGGUUCUUGUCUCAACUGAUGUAAAUUUUGCUUUGGAACUUAGUGACUUGAGACAUCGACAUGGUUUUCAUAUAAUUUUGGUACAUAAAAACCAAGCUUCAGAAGCACUAUUACAUCAUGCUCAUCAGCUUAUCCGUUUCGAAGAAUUUAUUUCAGACUUGCCACCAAGGUUACCAUUGAAAAUUCCUCCAUGCCAUACACUGUUAUAUGUUUACAACUUGCCAACGAACAGAGACAGCAAAAGCGUCAGCAACAGACUCAGGCGUUUGUCUGACAACUGUGGAGGGAAAGUGCUAAGCAUUUCUGGAAGCAGUGCAAUUCUUCGCUUUUUAAACCAAGAAAAUGCUGAGCGUGCACAGAAGCGAAUGGAAAACGAAGAUGUAUUUGGCAAUAGAAUUAUUGUGUCUUUUACCCCAAAAAACAAAGAACUCAGUGAAACAAAAAGUUCCAACUGUGUUGGAGCGGAAAAGAUGAAGUCUCCAAAAAAAGUGAACAAGAACACAAAGCUGUGCCUCCUCAGCAAAGACUCAAGUGACCAGUCUUCCAGUGCCAAAACCACUGCAGGGAAAGGGUUGCAGAUACAUGGCACUACCACAAAAGCUGCAAAUGUUAAAAGUUUACAGGAACUGUGCCGCCUUGAAUCAAAAACUAUCAGUAGAAAUAUUGAAAACCAGCAAGACCACUUAAGAGGACAAAUUCCUGCACAGAAUAACUCUAAACCUGUGUGUCCAACAACCAAAAAAGUAGGAACAGGAGAAUCUACCUGUAAAAUCAACCAGAAUAAAAAAGACACCCCUGUUCCCAGAAGCAUUAGCAACUCUCCUGUAGAAAGAAAAGAUAAAGAUGAAACAGUAUUCCAGGUCAGCUACCCUUCUGCUUUCAGUAAGCUAGCAUCAUCACGACAGCUGAGUCCUCUGCUUAUGUCCCAGAGCUGCUGGUCAUCUCGGAGUAUGUCUCCAAACCUUUCAAACAGAUCAUCCCCACUCACCUUCAACAUUAUAAAUCAGAUCAGUGGUACAGACUCUCCUGAUCCUUUUGCAAAUGGUGCAGAUAUUCAUAUCAGCAAUAUAGACUACAGGUUGUCCAGAAAAGAGUUGCAGCAAAUUUUGCAAGACAUUUUCUCUAGACAUGGCAAGGUAAAGAAUGUAGAGCUCAGUCCUCAUACAGAUUACCAACUGAAGGCUACAGUUCAAAUGGAAAAUCUGCAAGAAGCAAUUGGGGCUGUCAACAAUCUUCACAGAUAUAAAAUUGGCAGCAAAAGAAUUCAGGUCUCUCUAGCAACAGGAGCUGCUAAUAAAUCUCUGUCUCUCCUUAGUUCAGAAACAAUCUCUAUCCUCCAGGAUGCUCCUGCUUGUUGUCUGCCUAUAUUCAAGUUCACAGAAAUCUAUGAAAAAAAAUUCGGACACAAGCUAAUUAUAACAGAUCUAUAUAAAUUAACGGAUACUGUGGCAAUCCGUGACCAAGGAAAUGGACGAUUAGUAUGUCUUCUACCCAGCAGCCAAGCAAGGCAAAGUCCUUUAGGAUCUUCGCAGUCUCAUGAUGGCUCAUCAGCCAACUGCAGUCCUAUAAUAUUUGAAGAGCUGGAGUAUCAUGAACCCAUUUGCAAACAACACUGCUUGGAUAAAGACUUCAGUGAACAUGAGUUUGAUCCAGACUCCUACAAAAUUCCUUUUGUAAUUUUGUCUUUGAAGACAUUUGCACCACAAGUCCAUAGUCUGCUGCAGACGCAUGAGGGCACUUUGCCUUUACUAAGUUUUCCUGAUUGCUAUACUUCGGAGUUCAGUGAUCUAGAAAUAGUACAGGAAGGCCAGGGAGGAGUUCCCUUGGAGCAUCUCAUCACCUGUGUUCCUGGAGUUAAUAUUGCCACUGCUCAAAAUGGCAUUAAAGUUGUUAAAUGGAUACACAACAAACCACCACCUCCUACUACAGAUCCAUGGCUGCUUCGAUCUAAAAGCCCUGUAGGUAACCCACAGCUUAUUCAGUUCAGUAGAGAAGUGAUUGAUCUACUUAAAAGCCAGCCAUCCUGUAUCAUACCUGUCAGUAAAUUCAUCCCAACAUAUCACCAUCACUUUGCAAAACAGUGCCGUGUGUCUGACUAUGGGUAUUCCAAGUUAAUGGAGCUGCUGGAAGCAGUGCCUCAUGUACUGCAAAUCCUUGGCAUGGGCUCCAGACGCUUGUUGACCCUAACACACAGGGCCCAAGUAAAACGUUUCACUCAAGAUUUAUUGAAACUUCUUAAAUCCCAGGCCAGCAAACAAGUUAUUGUGAGAGAAUUCUUACAGGCUUAUCAUUGGUGUUUCUCUAAGGAUUGGGAUGUUACUGAAUAUGGAGUAUGCGAGUUAGUGGAUGUAAUAGCAGAAAUUCCAGAUACAACCAUCUGUUUGUCUCAGCAGGACAAUGAAAUGGUAAUAUGCAUUCCCAAAAGAGAACGCACUCAAGAAGAAAUGGAAAGAACAAAACAGUUCUCCAAGGAGGUAGUUGACUUGCUGCGUCAUCAACCUCAUUUCCGAAUGCCCUUUAAUAAAUUUAUUCCUUCUUACCACCACCACUUUGGCCGUCAAUGCAAACUUGCUUAUUAUGGGUUUACUAAACUCCUUGAACUCUUUGAAGCCAUACCAGAUGUCUUACAAGUAUUAGAAUGUGGAGAGGAAAAAAUUCUUACACUCACAGAGGUGGAACAAGUCAAAGCUCUUGCAGCCCAGUUGGUUAAACUGCUGCGGUCCCAGAAAGAUAACUGCCUUAUGAUGACUGAUUUACUUACAGAAUACAGUAAAACAUUUGGUUAUGCAUUGCGUCUUCAUGACUAUGAUGUCAGCUCAGUUCCAGCUUUAAUGCAAAAACUUUGCCAUGUUGUAAAGGUUGGUGACAUGGAAUCUGGCAAACAGAUUCAGCUGAUAAAUAGAAAGUCUCUUCGGACUCUGACUGCACAACUGUUGGUGUUGCUGAUGUCUUGGGAUGGCACCUCUUUUCUUUCUGUUGACCAGCUUAAAAGGCGUUAUGAAACUAUCCACAGUACUCCCCUUAAUCCAUGUGAAUAUGGAUUUAUGACUUUGACUGAACUGCUGAAGAGUCUGCCUUAUUUAGUUGAGGUUUUUACUGAUGAUGCAGAAGACGAAUACGUGAAACUUACUUAUCUAUAUACGUUUGCAAAGAAUGUAAGGUCCUUGCUUCAUACCUAUCAUUAUCAGCAGAUCUUCCUUCAUGAGUUUCCCACAGCCUAUAGUAAAUAUACAGGAGAAGUAUUGCAGCCUAAGGCAUAUGGCUAUAAUAGUCUAGAAGAACUCUUGGGAGCAAUUCCACAGGUGGUCUGGAUAAAAGGACAUGGUCAUAAGAGAAUUGUAGUACUAAAGAAUGACAUGAAAACUCGUUUUAGCUCACCCAGUUUUUCCCCUGCUGAUUAUGUGGAUGAUCAUGGAAAUCAACUUGCUGAUCAUAAUGAACAUGUGGAGAUUCCAGGAUCCUCUGCAUCAAUGGAACUAAAACUAGGAACACCUACCAAUGUUAUUAAUCAAACUGAGCAAGAACUUCUUUGCCUCACACAUACGUCCCCUAUUGACCUCUUGUGUGAGCCAGUUCCUUCAUGUUUACCUUCUCCACAACUGAGACCUGAUCCAGUGAUUCUUGAGUCUGCUGACCUCAUUCAGUUUGAAGAGCAUCCCCCACCUCUCUCUGAAAUUAUGAUUUUAACUGAAGAAGAAAAACAGAGGAUCAUCACCACCACAAUAGCGCAAGAAUUGCCCCAGGGCUCUGUGGUACCGACAGCCACAGAGAAUACUUCAGUGCCUCCCAGUCAGUCUUCUGAAACCCAACUAAGCAAGGAAGCAAUGGACAGCCCAGCCAAAAAACAACACAAAAAUAAAGUAAAAUUGGCAGCAAAUUUUUCACUUGCACCUGUAACCAAGCUUUAA